UACGUUUAAGCAAACAAGAUGAAGAAGUUGUCGUCAUGGCUACCAGGAUCGACAAAGAAGCUCCAUGUGAAGGUGAAGCCAUUAAAGCUUGAAGGAGUUGUUAUUGGAGAAGAAACCGAAGAUAUUGGAAAAGAAAGAAUAGUUGCUGUGGAAAUGGAAUGGAAAGGGCCAAAGAGUAGAUUAGUUCCAUUUUAUAGAGUUACGAAGUGGCCAAAGAAUUACAGCAGUCAUAAAUUCUUGAAAAAAGGAGGAGAGCCUAUUGAAUGGAACGAGGAAUUUGAGAAUAUAUGUAAUUUCUCGAUUGCGUCAAAAGAUGAUACUAAAUCUUUUGGUUCAUGGGCUGUAUCCUUCAAAGUUAUAUACGGUGAGGAUGCAAAGUCGAAGACAAAAAUGAAAGCGGUGGGGCAAGCUUCAUUGAAUAUGGGAGAACUGGGUUCCAGUACUGAUUCUGAAAUAGAGAAAAAGCUACCCAUUGCUUUGCAGAUAGAUGGAGUUGUCAGCAAGGCUACACUUUCGAUAUGCGUAAGCUUUCCCGAGGCAAGAAAUUCUACUGAGCCAGCAGCGGAUGGGAUCGUUCAAAACUCAACCGAGUUCGAUAACAAAGAAGGAAUAUUCAGUAGUGGAAACUGUGGAACAACCUAUGCAAAGAAUAUCGAUAAAGAAGAUACGGAUAGCUCUUCUGACUCGAAUGAGUCAACUCAAUCUAUCUCGGAUGGCUUAUCUGGAAAUGAGUCCAUUACCACAAGCGAAAAUGCAAACAAUGCGGAUAUCGGAGAGUCAGGAUCGUCUUUACGUGCAUGGACUCAGCGCAACUCGAGUCUCAGAUCGAAGCUCUCUUUAUGGGCAAAACAACGGCGUUUUUUGGUAUUGUCUAGAAGAAGAAAACCACAGAAAGAUGACAACUGCAUCGCAAGCAGGGAAGACUGGGAGAAGAAAGAAUUAGUCAGCAGAGAUGGGCAAGCAAAACUAAAAGCCAAUGUUUUCUUCGCUUCCUUUGAUCAAAGAAGCCAAAAAGCUGCCGGAGAGAGUGCCUGCUCAACGCUUGUUACUGUCAUUGCCCACUGGCUCCAAACAAACAAGGAGUACAUGCCAACAAAAUCACAAUUUGACAGCCUUAUAGCAGAAGGAUCCUCAGAAUGGCAAAAGCUUUGCAACGAUGAGGCUUACAUGAACUCAUUCCCUGAUAACCAUUUCGAUCUCGAGACAGUAUUGAAAGCUGAUCUUAGACCUUUGAGCAUUUUGCAUAAUAAGUCUUUCACUGCAAUAUUCAACCCUGAAAAAUUUGAAAACUUGAAAGGAGCCAUGUCUUUUGAUGAUAUAUGGGAAGACAUAAGUAGCAUCACUGAAGAAUAUGAUCAUAAGGUGUAUAUAGUUAGUUGGAAUGAUCAUUUCUUCGUGUUGAAAGCAGAUUUGGAUGCUUAUUAUAUUAUCGACUCAUUAGGAGAGAGGCUCUUUGAGGGAUGUAACCAAGCAUACAUCUUAAAAUUUGAUGAGUCCACAAUAAUGUACGAGAAAGUGAGGAAAGAAAUUGACUCGGAGGAACAGACAGCAGCAGAGAAGGGUAAAGAUGAGCAAGAUACUCAAGAGAUUAUUUGCAAAGGGAAAGAAUGCUGCAAAGAGUUCAUCAAAAGAUUCCUUGCUGCUAUACCACUCAAGGAACUUGAGGAAGAAGAGAAAAAGAGAAAAGUUUCAACUUUCUCUCUCCUCCAGAGAUUGCAGAUAGAUUUCCACUACAGCUCUUCUUCCUCCUCCUCUUCAAUGACAUCUCCUACUUCAUCUUGCUUCUCAAGUGGUGAGUGAAUUAACUAGUGUAACUGAAUUUUGUACAUCAUACAAUUGUUUUCGUGAGAGCUUAUUUCAUAAAGUAUGAGAAUAUUGUAAUACAAAAUGUAGUUUUUUUGUUCAUGUCAAUUACUCAAUUCACUAAAAAAUCUUUAACU